ACGAGAUGGUCAGCUUUCGAGCCGGUACAGCAAAAUGCUGGAUGGACACUGCUCUCUGGUAUGGCAACUCGUCGCUGUUAUAGUCCUUCUGACCAUCGGAAACACCACUGCCUAUUUUGGUUUAACUGGUAAUGAACCACUCACCAUCUUGCCUCUGACACAAGAAACAGAGCAGACUCACGGGAAGGCCCACUUCAAGGUCUGUGAUCGUCUGAAGUUGGAGCGGAAGCAGCGACGGAUGUGUCGGCGGGAUCCAGGAGUGGCCGAGACCCUAAUGGAAGCAAUCAGUAUGAGUGCCCUUGAGUGUCAGUACCAGUUCAGAUUUGAGAGGUGGAAUUGCACUCUGGAAGGACGGUACAGGACGAGCCUUUUGAGAAGAGGUCAGUUAUUUCUGCUUUUGCACUGUGUUUUAAAAGAGACUGCCUUCUUGUAUGCCAUCUCCUCUGCUGGGCUGACUCAUGCUCUGGCCAAGGCCUGCAGUGCUGGUCGAAUGGAGCGAUGCACCUGUGACGAAGCUCCCGACUUGGAAAACCGGGAAGCUUGGCAGUGGGGAGGCUGUGGGGACAACCUCAAGUACAGCAACAAAUUUGUCAAAGAGUUCAUGGGACAGAAGAAAUCCAACAAAGAUUUACGAGCACGUGUAGAUCUGCACAAUACCAAUGUUGGUGUUAAGGUUAUCAAAUCUGGGGUGGAGACCACCUGCAAAUGUCAUGGUGUUUCUGGUUCCUGCACCGUUCGGACUUGCUGGAGACAAUUGGCCCCUUUCCAUGAGAUUGGCAAGUUACUCAAACUGAAAUAUGAGACAUCGCUCAGUGGCAGCACAACCAAUGAAGCGACUGGCGAAGGGGAAAUUACACCACCGAAGAAAGCCAUUGCAGCUACCUACCACCAGCAAAACCAGAUCCCAAGGACUACUGACUUAGUCUAUAUUGAUGACUCGCCAAGCUUCUGUCGGCCAAGCAAGUACUCACCAGGUACUGCAACGCGGAAAUGCUAUAAGGACAAGAAUUGUGAGAGCAUCUGCUGUGGUCGAGGGCACAAUACCCAGAGCCGAGUGGUGACACGACCCUGCCAGUGCCAAGUGCGCUGGUGCUGUUAUGUGGAGUGUAAACAAUGUACUCAAAGAGAAGAGAUAUACACCUGCAAAGACUAACGGUUUCCAAAGAAAAACAAAACUAUGGAAAACCAGGGUGAAGAGCACAAUGGAUCUUCCUGAAGAAACAAUGCAACAAAUCCCAAUGUUCCUAAAAGUAGUACAGAGAAAAUUCAGGUUUCUAAAUACAACAAAUGUAUAAACUGCAGAUCUUUUGCAUUCAAACAGCUAAAGUCUGAAGUCAGACAACACAGAUGGUAGACAGAUAUUGAAUGGUGAAAGGGUGGGUUCUAAGUAAACUACUUUAUUUGCAUCAUCAUGGAUAUGAUGAAUCUCUGUAAAGGUAGUGCAUCUCAAUGGCAAUUGAACAUGACAACAAGGGCUUCACAGAUGAGGUGGUUAAGAAUUUGAGAAAAUUAGUUUUAAUUAAUUACCACUGGAUUUGUUCAGGCCAACAGUUUUAAGGGGCAAAGCAUGCCACUUGAUCCUCAUUUAGUUAAUUAAUGAGUUUUAAAGAUGUCUUCCAAGUAUUGGACAGGACGAGCAGAGGCAGCAAAGCUCAGUGGUUCCACUUGGGCUCGAGAAGAAGAAUGAAGAAAGACCAUUAUGCAAUAAAUAACCAAAGCUCAUUGGAUGAAAGGUUGCCAAGAAAGUGCCCAUAAGCCAAAUACUUAACAUUCAGUGGGAAUUCAGAUGAAUUAGCAUCAAUAAGGACAGCAACAUAUUAAUGGUGUUCUUUAUUUUUUCAUGGAAUGGUAUAAUAUAAUGUACUCUGUACUUUAGCGGUAAGCCACAUAGACUGGGUUUGAUUUCCUCCCUGUACUGAAUUAUUUGAUCUCCAUUGGGAUAGAGCCAGGGAUUCUUCAUUUGGUUUCACUACCCCACAUUGAGGGAUAGGGAAAAGACUCUUAUGUCCAGACAGGUCUGACUCCUUAAGACUGAUUCCCCGGGAGGAGCUCCAGCUCCAAGGAUAUGAGGCAAAAAGCUUUGUGGGAUCACCGAUAAAACGUAAUAGCUGAAUAGAUUUAUUAUUUGUGUAGUUCAGACGGACACUCCAGGAAGGCCACAGGCUUGAUUGCUAGUGCUGACCCUUAUGAACUGGACAAGUAAUAGUAAGAUUUGAGAUUACAGAGAGGAAGCUAACAGUACCUUUCUUUCCUAGUUAUUACACUGUAACACUUGUUGGAAGUGCAUGAGUGUAAAAGGAAAGUUUUUGGGUUUAAGUUGCAAUGUUGCUUAUAGUUCCAAAGCCUACCUUCCCCACCCCAACACUACCCUUAUCAACCCCCAAUGAUUAAAUAGCCUCGCAACCUACUGUUUUCAUGAGUCCUGUUUAGUAAUCUGACAAUGGAUGACUGGUUCCCAGGGUACUGCCCUCCUGCAAGGAACAUGCCUUCCAGGGAGGGGAAUGGUGGGGGUGGGGUGGUAUUGCUGGUGGUGGUGAGGGAGUAGGGGCAGAGGAGGAGUAGAAGCUGAUGAGAAUCCAAAUCCAUGAGACAUUCCAUAGUUUACUUAGAGAUCUUGCCAAGAUCUUGGCAAAGCUUUCCUUAACCUCAGUGUGCCUUUUCUGCGGGGUCAUUUGGUUUCUGUAUUCUGUAGGGCUUGGGUUGGUUCCCCAUGAUCCAACUACAAUGAGGAACCAAAGAAGCUUUUGUACAUGUAAAAAGUUCCAAGAAGAGUGAUAACUUCUUGUGGUUCUUUCAUUCCUGGGACCUACAUUUGAAUCCAGCGGUGGCAUCAGGUAGAUUCUUCAGUCUGAUGGCUAUUAAAUGCUGGGUUUCUGGAAGAUGUGCAGCAGUGUCUAUGCCUAUAGACGUUAAUAUUCUGUUUAUAGUGGGGCUGGGACUAUCCUCAAAUUAGCGCCAACUGUCAUGAAAUGGCUCAUAUAAAUGGCUAUAAAAUGUGAACCUUGGAUGGUUAUGUGCCCCCAGAGCAUGUUUUUGAGUUCCCACAAUUCAAACACUCAAUGAUCUCAUUACCUUGUGGUAUUCCUAACAAAACAAGGCCUAUAAGGCCUAUAUGAAUGUUUACCAAUGGAUUGUGGUUCUCUGCAAGCUGAGAAAUUUGACAAGCAGGAAUCAUACACAGAAAAUACUUGUGAUAUAAAGCAGACAAGAGAUGUGGCCCAUUGCUUUCAUUCAAUCAUUUACCUGAAGUCUGCCAGGAAACAAACUAGUCCAUCCCAAUGAGUCCUUCAUCAACACCAGAUUGAAGAUGUAAUUGCAGUUGAAGUCUCAGAAUGCUCCAGUUACCAGGUAUCAUAUAAUCAGAGCAAUAUCUGCCAUUCUCACUCUAUGACAGUUGCAGGCUAAUUAUACAUGAUGGAGAAAGCACUGGACAAUAAAACUAGGGAACUCUUAUGAGAUUCUGUGCAAAGCCAACUGUGGAGUGCUGCCUACUUUCAUUGAAUGCAGAAAGGAUGUGAAUUUGUUCCCAAGACUCUGGUUCUACAGACCAAAGACUGGCAGAUACUUAAAAAGACAUGGCAGAACAUGUUCAUAUAAAGACUGGUCUCUGACACUAACAUAUUGUGCUUAAGUGGAUUUAACUGCCUGGAGAUCUGUAAGGAUUGGCAGUAAUUACAUAUUCCUCACUCUGUUAUAACAAUUUGACGUAUCACUGAGCAUGCUCACAAACUACUAUUUAACCCUGACACCCCUCGUUUCUACUGGCUGAAUUCAAACAACUCUACCCUCUUUAGGGUAACGUUCUUAAAAGAAGUAAGAAGACUGCAAAAACAAGAGCGCA